AUGAGCUCAAGCGUUGAGUGUUACCUUGUUCCCCGGACGGACGACGCACCUAACAGCCGACUUCCGAUCCUUGUCUACCGCGAUGUGCUACCUCAGCCGAGAACCGAAGAGACAGCAACAAGAUUUCUGACCACGCACCGUUGGGAAAAAAGGGGAACUUGGGGACAUAUUGCCAUUCGCCAUUUCCAUCCCAACAGCCAUGAGUGCUACGGUAUCUUUCAGGGCUCUUCAACACUCUUAUUAGGGAAGAUUCAGAAGGGGAAGGGCGUAGAAGUCCCCGUGACGGCAGGGGAUGUUGUCGUCCUACCCGCCGGAACAGCCCAUUCAUCCCUGGAAAGCUCUUCGGAUUACAGGUACAUCGGCGUAUAUCCAAAGGGGUGUCCCAAGUGGCGGAAUGAGAUGGGAAAGAAAUCCUCGGUUGUGUUUCUGGACACUAUCGACGAAGUAGAUACACCGGAAGAUGAUCCUGUGUAUGGGCCCGACGGACCAUUGCCGAUGCUAUGGAGACACGCUCCUCGCGCCAAGCUGUAG